UUAAAUAAAAUAAUUUAGGGACAUAGUGGUUAUACGUAGUAUUUUAUUUUCUGUCCAUUUUGAAGGUUUGACUCUAUUGACAUUUCUCACUCCACCGUCGUCUUCUACUCUUCUUCCAUGGCGAUAGCCGCAGCCGCCGUAACGCUUCCCCUCAGGGCUUCUAAUCGCUGAUCUUUGUCUUCCUCCUUAACCGUUCCGUUCAAUUUUUCUCAUUACACGCCGUCAUCCUCGCGACGGCAUACUCUCAGUUUCUCCGUUCGGCUCUCUUCUCUCCGCAUUUCGGCUGCUCUGUCCAUGAGCACGGAAGCUACCGAGAAAGCUUAUCCGGCUUCGUUUCUUGAUCGAAAAGAAGGUAGAUAUCUUCACUUCGCAAAGUACCAUGGCAUCGGUAACGAUUUCAUACUGGUUGAUAAUAGAGAUUCUGCAGAACCUAAAAUCACCCCCGAGCAGGCUGUGAAAUUGUGUGAUAGAAAUUUUGGCAUUGGUGCCGACGGGGUGAUUUUCACAUUGCCUGGCACCAAUGGGACUGAUUAUACCAUGAGGAUAUUUAAUUCUGAUGGCAGUGAGCCUGAGAUGUGUGGUAAUGGAAUUCGAUGCUUUACCAAAUUUAUAUGCGAGCUUGAGAAUUUACAUGGAAAGCAAAGCUUCACUGUACACACUGGAGCUGGCUUGAUUGUUCCUGAGAGACAUGAAGACGGAAAGGUUAGGGUUGAUAUCCCACUCGGGCAAGAGUUCCGUAGAGUGACUGUAACUUUUGGUACAGGAAACAAGGAUUUGCAAGUAGAUGAGGUAAACUUGGCAGAAAUUGGUCCAAAGUUUGAAAAUCACGUUAUGUUCCCUCCACGAACUAAUACUGAAUUUGUGCAAGUGUUGUCUCCGACACACCUAAAAAUGCGUGUCUGGGAGCGUGGUGCAGGUGCAACCCUGGCUUGUGGAACAGGAGCUUGUGCUGUAGUUGUUGCUGCCGUGCUUGAGGGCCGUGCUAGAAGGCGGUGUACUGUCGAUUUACCUGGCGGGCCACUUGAGAUUGAAUGGAAGGAGGAUGACAACCAUGUGUAUAUGACUGGCCUAGCAGAUAUUGUCUUUUAUGGAACUGUUCCUCUCUAAAGCCUCCAGCUCCCACACCACUUAGUUCACUAGUUCCAUGAUGCAAUGCUUAACUUCUGAGAACAUGACAAGCCAUCUCCACUGGCUUUUCUGUAGUACUGAGAUGUUGUACCACAAAAAAAAAACAUUUUUCGUCAUUUAAAUUUGUAAUAAUGCUCUCAAUUUGGACAUAUGUGCUUGGAUGUUUUGUACUGACAGUAGCGAGAAGUGGUAGCCACCUUCGGUGCCUGCCCUUUAAAACUAAGAUGUAGACUCAUUUCUUAACCAACGAUUCAUUGUUCUCUUUCAUUUUUCAUAGGCUAAUGAUGAAGCUACCCUAUCAGUCAUCGGAAUGAUGGAAUCUUGCAACCUUCAAUCCCAUCUGCUUUAUUUUUACCCUAUCACCUAAUUGCCUCAAAGCCAUGAUGGACUUGCCUAUGAUAUUAAAUUUUACAGCAACACAAACUCACAAGGGAUUCAACAUUGUUAGGUGAUUCAAAUUGGAUGGAGGUUUCUUCAAGUUAUCCAUAUGAAGAAUUGUCCGCGGAUGUGUUGCAAAACACAUAGCUAAGUUGAUGGCCAAGGAUUUGCAUUGAAAUGAGUGGUGCCUCAAACACAUAUUUCGAGGUACAAUUCUAUCCUAUGAUCAUAAUGAUAAUCCGAUGACUUCCGUUAGGUAUUCAUUAGGAAUAACUUUCACUGGUAUCAAACAUGUUUAUAAUACAAUCCAUUUAUCCAAUUCAGACAGCAUAACUGCAAUGAGUGUAAAUUUAGCAAUAGAAAUCCACCUCAUUAUGGUCUAAAAGAAAAAUAGGAUGGCAUUAAGUGUAACUUUUGGGCGAUCUUUAAAUGGAUUUUUAAUGUUUGGCCUUCACAUGUGUGUUUAUAUUGAUGCUUAAAGUUCUCCAUUAGUUGUUUUUGUGAAUUUUCAGUGCUAUAUUUUGAGAGACAAAGCCCAUUUUGAACACUAUUUUUAGCAUUUAACUGAUUUUUUGUUGCUACUGAUCAUAUAUGCUAUAUUUUAAAUGAAAUACGUUCUGUUUU